ACACAACUUAUAAAAAAUUGGUAUACACUUUUGGGGCAGGCUUGUGUAUUUUUUCCUCGGCUUGUUUUCACUCGGAGUGAGGGAUCGAAGUUGACAAAACAAAUGUGUGCCGUGGAGUCACGAGUCGGUGUUUCACAGUUCAGGUGGAUCUAGAUGAUGGACACGGAGAAGAGAGUUCAAGGGAGUACACGCGGACUACAUGAUCAGAUUUCGCCGCUGCACUUCACGAAUCAGUAACAUCUAAACAUUUUCUCUGACUCGUAUGACAACAGCGCUCGAUCACUGGCCGCUGGUUGUCCUGCCGCAGGACAGUGAGUGUCUAGUGCAGACUGAGUUUCAUUUGCUACCUUGUUGCAAAGUUGCGCUUACCUGUUUAUACGAGUUUUGAAUGCGUAAUGAGGUUUGCAUCGGCGAGACCACUUGUUGAAAUCUCACGAAACUAAGUUCAGUAUUGUGGGCAAUAAGAUUGAUUGAAUUAACCAUAUAGUGGGUCGUUUGCUGUCAUCUACAGUUCGUUUGUGACAUUUCGUUUGUGAUAUUUUGAUUGUGUCAUAUCGCUCAUUAGCUGGUUAGCUGAUACGGCUGACUUUACCCUGUACCUGACCGAGCAAUAGCAGUCAGUUACACACAUUUCGACACCAAAUGUCUACCUUAAUUCAUAAAUAAUGGUAGGCACUUAAAUAUUAAUGUGUAAUCAUUAAAAAUACAUAAUAAAAAUGCUUCUCGUCAGAAUCUAAAGUAUUUAGCUCGCUAGCUAGAGUCGUUCCUGAACUUGUUUCGGAAAGCCAAGUGAAAUAUUUAAGCUUUUCUGUUUGGCAUUGCACAGUAUUCCACAUCUCAUCCUCUUUUUCCCACGAUACAAAGCAAGAAAGCAGUUUUAGUGAUGCCAAACAAAACUGUCAUAACCGCUUGAAUAUUUAGCGAUGUCCAGUUUCCUGACAAACUUUUAGCAAUAUCGGCUCAUCGCCUGUAUUCAAAAAUUGUCGUUAUAAGUAAUUCCUAUAUAUCGUCGUUACUUUGCACGUAAGCUUAUUUAAGUCCAUUAAGUUGUUAAUAACACGGUUUCGUCGCGUUUUCCAGCUCAUUAACGGUGGCAAAGCUCUUGUCAUUAAAGCGACCUCGUCAAACCCCUCUAAAGCAUCUGGACUGCACUCUUACACGCUUUUCAGCAACAUGGAGGGACAACUUAAACACAUUUGACUUCUAUAUCGACAACAUUCAACAGUCAGUUCCCUGCGAAGUUGAUCUCGAAACUCUGCGGCCCAAUCAUGUCUGGAUCCCCGGGCUCGAGUGGCUCCAACCCGCGGAAGUUCAGCGAGAAGAUCGCGCUGCACAACCAGAAACAGGCGGAGGAGACGCGGGCCUUCGAGCAGCUCAUGACAGACCUCACCGUCUCAAGGGUGCAGUUCCAGAAGAUCCAGCAGCUCCGUCUGUCUCAGAACCGGGCACAGUACUACGGUGGCUCGCUGCCCAACGUCAACCAGAUAGGCAAUGCCAGCAAUGAUUUCCAGGGGGCGUUUCCCUCUGGUCUGGACUCUGUGCGAGGGACUAGACACCAUGGUCUGGUGGAGAGGGUCCAUCGAGACCGCAAUCGGAUCAACUCACCGCACCGCAGGCCCAUUGACAAGCACGGGCGGCAGGCUGAGAGUUCUCCAUAUGGAACGAUGUACCUUUCUCCUCCCCCUGACAACAGCUGGAGAAGGGAGCAACCGCCAUGGACUGAAGAGAAACGACCUGGAUUUAGAUUAAUAUCGCAGCUUAACAGAACAAACUCUGACUCAGCUCUGCACACCAGCGCCAUGAGCCCAAACCCACAGGAUCCUUUUGGCAUGAACCAGCAGAUGGGCAGAGGACCUCCUCAGCGGAACGCAAGCAUGAAUGAAGCAGAAGUGGACAGUACUGGAGAUGUGUUCUCAUUUCCUGCCGUCCCUAAUGAGGAGAAUCUGCUCGGUGUGAAUAAGCCACUGCCCAAACAGUUAUGGGAGGCCAAAAAGGUGCAGUCUCUGUCCUCCCGGCCAAAGUCCUGUGAAGUGCCUGGAAUCAAUAUAUUCCCAUCUCCAGAGCAAAAUGCUGGUCUGUCUCACUACCAGGGCACAUUAAACACUGGCGGGUCUUUGCCUGACCUUAGUAACCUGCACUUCCCCUCUCCGUUGCCUACUCCGCUGGACCCUGACGAGGCUGGAUAUCCCAACCUGAGCGGAGGCAGCAGCACCGGCAACCUGCCUGCAGCCAUGAUGCAUCUGGGCAUUGGAAACUCACAAGGGCUGUCAUCCUCUCUAAGCAACCCUUCCAUUCAGGCGUCCCUCACCAACUCUCAGCUGCACUCAUCUCUCAGCAAUCCGUCGCUCCACACUUCCCUGCGUCUCUCCUCGCUGUCCAACCCUCCUCCGACGGGCAUGGCGAGUUCACCCAGGAGGCGGCCGGCCCCCAUUAGUCCUCUGACGCUCUCUCCAGGGGGUGAUCAGAGACGAAGCCUGGGCAAGCAACUCUCUCCAACAAUGUCGCCCUCUCUCUCUCCGAUCACACAGGGGGUUGCCUUGGACACCAGCAACUUGCCAAUGGAACCACCCCCUCCCUACCCCCUUUACCAGCAAACCCAGCAGCCCCUGCAGCAGCAGCAGCAGCAGCAGCAGCAGCAACAGCAGCCGCCUCCCCAGUCCCAUCCAUCUAUUCAGCAGAGCUCCCAGCAUCCAGGGGUGCAGCAGCGACCAACAGGUGGCCAACAGCAGCAACAACAGCACCAACAACAACAGCACCAACAACAGCAGCACCAACAACAACACCACCAACAGCACCAACAACACCACCAACAGCACCAACAACCGCACCAACAGCACCAGCCUGUGUCCCCGCUGCAGAACGUCCCACUUGACUUUAAUUCCAGCGCUCACAGCAGCAUGGCAGCAUUCUUUAACGAUCCCUUUAUGGAGCUGCAGUUCUCCGGACGUCAGUCCAAGUGUUCGUCCUAUCAGGAUCAGUAUAACAUGUUGGAGAAUGUCAUGAGCUCAGUGGCAGGAGGAUUUGACCCUUCCUCCAACCUCUACUACUCCCAGGCUGCCCUCAUGGGCUUGAGCGGUAGCCACGGCAACCUGCAAGACCAACAUCAGACGAGGCCCAACAUGCUCUACUCUAAUUGUGGAGGUGGAGUGCCCAACAUCAUCCUUACAGACGACUCCAAUCCUAGCCUGUCUAAGGACAUCAGCAGUGUGUUGUCUGCAGUGCCAGAGUGUUUGGACUCAGAGGGGGUUUUUCCACUUGAGGAUGAACUACGUAUUGAGCCGCUCAGUUUGGAUGGACUGAGCAUGCUCAGUGACCCCGAUAUGGUCCUCCCUGACCCCUCAGUAGAGGACAGCUUCCGAAGCGACAGACUUUAAAGAGCCACAUCAUGCAUGUAUACAUACAUACAUACAUACAUACAUACAAGUCCAUGGACAUGACGACUAAAGCACAAAACCUAUAGCACUCAGAUUUCUAUAAACAUAAAAAAGAUCUUUUUUACAUUUUCUUGAACGCAAAACGCAUACAUAAACACUACAUGUUGAUAUGAAACGAAUCAUCAUGUUCGCAUGAGUCACCCAGACGCCGUCUCUCGGUGGACACCAUUGCUCAGCAUGCUCCAUCUGCCUCCCGAGACACUGUUCAUCACUCAACAGAUAGCAGUGAAACCAAUCUGGAUGCUUCACACGUGCUUUGACCUGUAAAGACGACAAAACAAACAAACGUACUUGAACACACGAACCUGCCGUGUAUCUGCUCCUUGUGCCGAGUGACAAUCAGAACACACCGAAGCCAUAGCAAUGCCAAACCGAUGGCUGGUUCGGGCCAUUGCAUCGCUGGUCUAAUUCAAAGCCAUGCAACCAAAACAAAAUGAAUGUCCUUGUUUUUACACAGUGCUUUUUGAUGUUAUCAGGUCACACCAGCUUUCUAUGACAUUUCGAUAGCAGCAAAAGGACGAGACGGUCUUGAAUGUGAAGACGACAAUAUGACGUGUUAUGGAACAGAAGGAGUCGACAGCCGGCCUAAUACCAGCCCAUAUUGAUGCACCAAAUGCUGUGAUACGAGACACCAGCAGGAUGAGUUGAGCCUUCCCCCUCCCUCGCCACGACACCCAACCUUUGUUUCAGUACCAGGACUAGAAUGUGCUUGGUGUCAGCCGCUCUACUGAAUCGUCUGGCUCGGGCUACUGAGCGGACACAUCUAAACUAACCAACAGUUACUGCCUGAAGUUUAGAGCAUGCGCUAAGCUAACCGCAUGAUAUUGCUGUCACCUUUCUGGCCUGUGAGCCAAAACAACUCUUACUUGCUUCUGGCUGUCAAAACUCAGUCCGUCCUUCAUAAUGUGGCCAGUUCCCAUCGUUCAAACGAUAGAAUUCACGAGAUCUCCUCGUGUCACGUACUAGAAAGAGAGGACAGAAGAGUUUAGAUGAUGUGUAUAGAGCAUUAUUUUACAUUAUUUUUUUGUAUAAAAAGAAAAAACUAUGAAAGAGAGCUUUGCCACAUAAAUAUGCCUCACAAUUUUCUGACUAGAAUGUAUUUUUGAAACAGAAAAAGGGCAAACUGUUUACAAAGAUAAAGUUUAAGAACUACGAAUUGUGAGUAGGCGGUGAAAUUUUUAUGCUUUUGGUAUAAAUCUAAAAGAAAAAACCUUUGUAUCUCGCUGACACUGAUCCAGUCCAUAGUUGGCGAAUGGAAGCUUUGGCUAUGCAGAACUUCAGCACAGGACUGUCUCAGACGGCUGGAACAAUCUAGACCAUAAAAAGGAACUAUUUUAUGUGUAUAUUUACUAUAUCUUUGUGCUUAUUUUUGAUUUUAUACAGACUUGUAAUGCGGCUUCUAAUAUGUCAGUUGUAUUUGUACUUGUUCAUCUGUUUAUGUUCUCUCUCUUUAAACUUUUGUUGUGGACGUCUUCUUUGGUGAACGUUUGUUGUGAUGGUAUUUUUCACCGUUGUUCAGCAUGGGCCCUCUCUCUGCAGCUCUGAUCCUUGUGAGGGGUUUUUACGAAAAAAAAAAAAAAAAGACACUUUGGAAUUUUAAAACGUCUUUAAAGGGUGUGAUUUGUGGACGUGGGACACGCGUAUCAUUGUUAUUGCUCAUGUUGAAGUUUGCACUGAUCUGAACAAAACUGAUCUUUUGGUCUUUAAGAAGCAAAUUCUGGUGAUUUUAUUUUGAUGUUAUUUGGAAUGAUGUGAAGAUAUCUGCUGGAUGUUGCGCUGUUUAGAGGGCUCUUGCCUUCUCGGCAUGUUAUGCAUGAGGACUUUGAAAUGAAUGCAGUAUAUUUUGUGAAUGACUAGAUUCAAAUGACCAAAUAUUUUGAAAUGAAGACCCUAGUGAAAAAAAAGUAUACUAAAAUGUAUUGAAAUACAUUUAUUUUGUGCUAAAAAAUACUACAAAUACAUUUACAUAUUCAUGUGCUAAAAAAUACCCUGCAAUUGUACUUAUCCUAAACUGGUCUCUACAUAAAGUCUGCUAAAUUGGAACUACUCAUUUUGUAUUUAAUUGUGUGGAAGUAUUGCUGAGGUCCAACUAAAGAUAUACUUAAGUAUAUUUGAUUGUGCUAAAGUGGAACCAUUGCAAGUAUACUUUAAAUAUCUCACGUUUAAAUCCUUAAGUGUGAUAUUAAAACUGUUUGUGCAAAGAAAUACUCCAAAUAAAGUUUAAUUAUAAUUUUAUAUCAGUACGUUUUAAGUGAUGUCAAUAAAUGUUAAUGGAUUUGAAGUAUACUUGGUUAUAAAUAAAUAUAUUUUAAAUAGAUUUUGGUAUAGUUCUUUUUUACUAGGGGAAAGGUGUCUGAAUAUAGCUCAGGAAUGUAUUUUUUCACCAAUAUCGUGAGUGGUCUCCUGCCUCUUGACUGCCAGAUCCGGGCAAAAUGUUCCCAGAUUCCCAGAGAAACUGUUAUAGCAAAGAUCUUAUGAACUGAAAUGCACUCUUCUAUUUGUGUUGUUAUCUGUGUAGCUUUCUAUUCCAGUUACAGAGUCGGUAAUAGAAAGCAAUAGCAAUGUUAUCUGUGUGCCAUGUCCACAAUUUUUUGUUUUUUGUUUUUAGUGUGUAUUUUUGCAUUCAUCAAGGUCAUUAUAGUGUUUUGGUCAAAACCAUCUUGUUGGUCAAAUCCAUCAAGUAGUCUUGACUAAAAUUCUUCCUCUUUUUGUUGUGCAUUGUCCAUUGUGGUCCAAGUAGGCAAGAAGAGAGGACGAUUGACACAAGCAGAGAUUUAAGGUGCGGUGACAUUAGUGAAAUUUGGCGGGCAAAAAAGUUCCAUUGUCUAUUAUCAAUAGUUUAUAGAUGUAUGAUGCACAGCUCAGAUGUCACUUUCAAACCAAGCAACAAAGCGGCGAAUCCAUGUAACCAACUUGAACCUGUUGCAAGAUCAGCAUGGGGGGGAAUUCCAAAUCAUGUAAAUUCCUAUUGAAAUGGCUGGAUUUCGCCAGCAAAAAAUCCGCCAAACAACAUAAAUGUGACCGCACCUUAACAAACCCCUUUAUUUAAAGGGAUAGUUCACCCAAAAUGAAAAUUUUAUCAUCACUUACUCACCCUCAAGUUGUUCUGUCUGUUGAAUGUUAAAAACCUGAAUGAGUUUUUCUUUGAUUACCAACAUUCUUUAAAAUAUCUUCUUGUGUGUUCAACAGAAGAAAGAAACUCAUACAAGUUUGGAACAACUUGAGGGUGAGUAAGUGAUGACAAAAGUUUCACGUUUGGGUGAACUAUCCCUUUAAUUAUCAAUAAAUCUAGUCCCCCAUGUACAAAGUCAAAACAUUUGGCUUUAACCUCCUGUAGCUGCAGAUACUUUUUAUUUUGUAAUGUUGUUCUUUAGGUGUAUUAUAAGCAUCUAUUAUAAGAAGAACAUGGCUAUGGGUGAUGUAGACAUACACGCUGGGCUGUUGUGCAUGUUACUGCAUCCUGUUUCUGCUAAAAAAAAAAAAAAAAAGCGUGCGUCUCUCUAUAUAACUAACAUCUUUUAAUCAUCUCUGUCAUCUUCCCAGUUAACUUUUUUUUCAUUAAUAUUAACAGUGGUAUCACAUUAUAAGAGAUGGAGUGAAAGGUUCUUCAGUGGUUUUCAUUGGGUCUGAUGGUUCCCAUCACUCAUUCUCUCUCUCUCUCUCUCUCUCUCUAGGAGGAGUUAUUGUCUUCUCCUGCCUUAUUCUUGCUCUUGACCACUUGCUGUCCCCUUGAGUGUACUGUGAUACUUUCAUUUUUAUUUUUCAUUUCUAGGCCCUGUGCUCUAAUGGCAAAAAAGGUGUUUAUUGGCUUUUUUUUUAAUAUAGUCUUCAUAACAAGAUAUUAGUUUUUUUUUUUUCUUCUGUUUAUAGAAGGAUUUUUUUUUUUUUGGUCUUUUGUCACUUUUUUUUUUUUUUUUCUUUUUUAAAUGUACAGUUAUAUUAUUUAAAUAUUUUCUUGUCCACUAGUGUUACUUUCUUUUUUGUAAUAUGCCAUAUUGAGAUCUUACUUUUUCUGACGUUGCAGAUUUAUUACGCCAGUUGUUUCAAGUCUUGGUCACAGGGACCCACAGCACUGCACAUUUUGCAUGUCUUCCUUAUUUAACACAACUGAUUGAGAUCAUCAGCUCAUUAGCAGAGCUCCAUGAGAGAUGAGCAAAAUGUGCUGUGCUUUGGGUCCUCAGGGCCCUGAUUGAAAACCACUGUACUACACCACAAGGCGUUUGGUUUGUGAAGUAUGUUAUAGUGCUUUCCUUUGAUUUAAUAUAAACAAAUAAAAUCUUUACUGUCUUGGA